UUAUAAUGCGGAGCAGGAAACAUCCGAGCUAGGGUUGGAGUUCCCGUGCCGGCGGCUGACGAAGGAAGGGGCAGCAGCAGUACAUAAUGGGCGUCUUUACCUUUGUGUGUCGCACCUCCGGUGGUGAAUGGAGCGCGAAGCAGCUCUCCGGGGACCUUGAGGCGUCGGCUGCUUCGACCUUUGAUCUCCAGCGGCGUCUCGUGCAGGCUGUGCUCGGUGUUGAUGCCUCCGGCGGCGUUCAGUCUUCCUUCUCGUUAGUCUCCCCGUCAUCAGCAGUAUUCCAGGUGAUAGUUGGCGGCGGCGGCGGCGGUGCAUUUGUCAGUGGUGGUGCUCCAUCUGGUGUAGCUGCUGCUGGUUCCAGCGGUGGUGCUGGUUCUGCUCCUGAGGCACCUCCUGCUGAAGAGAAGAAGGAAGAGAAGGAGGAGAGCGACGAGGACAUGGGAUUCUCCCUCUUCGAUUAGGCUGGGUGGCAGGAGAGUACCUCUCAAGUUUCAAUAUUUUUUCCCUAUAUGUUUCCGAGUUUUUUGGUUGCUACAAUUCAAGGACUGAGUUUAAUAAACAAUUGCAAAGGCUUUUGACGACCUAUGAGUUUACUUCAUGAAACAUUUUUCUUGUUCUUUUUCUCUCACGUUUUGAUUAUCCCUUUCUCUUGUGUAUAUAUAGUGUGGACUGAUUUUAGAGGUAAAUGAAAGAGCAAGUGAAUUGCUUGGGUUUAAA